AUGCGAGUCCAGGGUCCCGAGGGUGAACUGGGGAUGCGAGUCCGGGGUCCCGGGGGUGAACUGGGGAUGCGAGUCCGGGGUCCCGGUGGUGAACUGGGGAUGCGAGUCCGGGGUCCCGGGGGAUCGCCGCCGCGCGGGGCCGGCAGGAAUUCCCCCAGCGCGGGGAUUCCGCCAGCGCCACGCUCCGCCGCGCGCCGGGCCGCGCAGCCGGACACCUGCGGCGCGGGGGCGCGGGGGAGGGUGGAAGAUUCCCUUGCGUGCGCCGUGACGUCAGCGCGUCGCCUCCGGGCCGUUUCCGAGCCCGGCCGCCCUCGUUUAACCCUUCCGCCUCGGAGCCCGCGCUCGGAGGUGAGUCGGCAUGAGCGCGGCCACUGCCCGACGCAGACAGUGAAGAAGCUCCUGGAAGAACAGAGGCGCCGCCAGCAGCAGCCGGACGCGCGUGGGGUGCAGGGACAGUUCCCGUCCCCGCUGUCGCAGCCCCUGGCCCCAUCUGUGAGUGAGGCUGAGGCUGGCCACCCUCACUUCCCGGCACAGCAGGAGACCGUGGGCUCUGGACUUGGCAGCUUGGCCCCCUCUAUGGGCUUUGCGGACUGGGACCCCAACACGCAUGCCGCCUGCACAGACGGUCUCUGCUCCUACCCCGCUUCCGCUGCCGAAAGUUUCCUGAUUCCUGACUUCUACCCACCCUCGGACCCAGGGCAGCAGUGCCCGUUGCCCCUGGGGAUGGAGGAACCCCCGGACACUCGGCUCUAUGCAGAAUCUUCCCUGUCACAGGCAGGGUCCUGGAGAGUUCCUGGGCUCCCCCUGGGACCCCCACAGUUGCCCGCUGUGGUCACCGGGCCAUCCCUGGAUGCAGCCCGAGCUCACAUGCUGGCUUUGGGGCCACAACAGCUGCUGGCCCAGGAUGAGGAGGGGGACACGCUCCUGCACCUGUUUGCGGCUCGGGGGCUGCGCUGGGCGGCGUAUGCUGCGGCUGAGGUGCUCCAGGUGUACCAGCAUCUGGACAUCCGUGAGCACAAGGGCAAGACCCCUCUCCUGGUGGCCGCUGCUGCCAAUCAGCCCCUGAUUGUGGAGGAUCUGCUGAGCCUGGGAGCAGAGCCCAACGCCACCGACCAUCAGGGACGUUCUGUCUUGCAUGUGGCCGCCACCUAUGGGCUUCCAGGCGUCCUCUCGGCUGUGUUUAACUCAAGGGUUCAAGUUGACCUGGAAGCCAGAGACUUUGAGGGCCUCACCCCGCUCCACACAGCCACCCUGGCUCUCAAUGUCGCUAUGCGCCCACCCGACCUCUGUCCCCGGAUGCUGAGUGCCCAAGCCCAAGAGAGGCUGGCUUGUGUCCAGAUGUUGCUGUACAUGGGUGCCGAUCACACCAGCCAGGAGAUCAAGAGCAACAAGACGGUGCUGCACUUGGCUGUGCAGGCUGCCAACCCCACGCUGGUGCGGCUGCUGCUGGAGCUGCCGCGGGGAGACCUGCGGGCCUUCGUCAACAUGAAGGCCCACGGGAACACAGCCCUCCACAUGGCGGCCGCCCUGCCCCCGGGGCCAGCCCAGGAGGCCAUCGUGCGGCGCCUGUUGGCCGCGGGGGCGGACCCCACGCUGCGCAACCUGGAGAACGAGCAGCCCGUGCACCUGCUGCGGCCCGGGCCGGGCCCCGAGGGGCUCCGGCAGCUGUUGAAGAGGAGCCGAGUGGCACCCCCAGGCCUGUCCUCUUAGGACUCAAACCCAGAACCUGGACUGAUUUUCCAGUCCCCACCGUCCUGUGGGACAGCCAGCGUAUGCUAAUGUGCAAAUCCAUGAUAAUGUAUGUGGAAUACCCUGCCAUUGGGGUCUUACAUUAAAACCCCAAAAUGGCUGCCAGGGGGGUGAGCAGUCCCCAAUAUUUGGGAUGCUGUGACACCCCGCCCCCACCCACGAGGAGCCCUCUUGAUGAUUUCUGUGAAAUCGAGGCCCCUUGAUUGUUUCUGUGAAACACCCCGGGCCCCUAACCCUGUCCUCGCUGAGACCUUUUAGGGUUCUCUCCCCUGACUCAGCUCUUCAUGCCCCAAAACCCAGGCGUAAUGCCUGAAUGAGGUCCGUGGGGCUCCUGAGAUAGCCCCCGGCCCUGCCCAGCUCCCACAGCCCCGGGGUCCUAAGCCGGAGACACAGGAAGGACCUGCUCAGAUUAGAGCAUUAGAGCUCAUCGGGUCCUGCCGCUUUCUAGCUCAGAACUCAGCCGGGCCCUGGCCCGGUCCCCCACGUCCGCAGUGAGUCCCUCCCCUAGUCUGAACGAGCAUCCCUGAGACGCCUAUUAAACGCGACUUGGACUAGAA